ACUUUAACACUCACCCAAAAAAAAAAAAAAUUCGACAGACAAACAUCUAGUCUUCUCUUCCAGACCGCUGCUCUGCGCCACAUCCACCAACGUCGGCGACAAAGUCCACACCGCCAUCAUUCAUCCUCUGCGUCUCUAUCCCUCCUUCAUGCUCCAUCGUUGUUGGCUUCGUCUCCCUCUUCUCGUCGGCUCUCUCAUCCUCACCUCUCUCUCUCUCUCUCUCAGGCCAACAACAGUGAGCGAGACGACCUUGCCAGCCUCCAAAUUUGAGGUGGCUGACUUCAGAUUUAGAGGCCAAUAUCUCCCUCUCUUUCUAUCAACCUCUGAUUUGGCUGAUGCAAAUAGAGAGAAAGAGAGGGAGGGAGGAAAGAAGAGAGAGAAAAAGAGAGGGAGGGAUGAGUGAGAAAAAGAGGGGGUUUGAUUUCAGGAAAAAAAAAAGGGUGUGAGUUGCAGAGUACGCGGAGGAUGAAGGAGCAAGAGGCGACAAAUUUUUUUUUUCUCCUCAAUUUUUUUUGGAUGACAGCUGUCAAGAGCUCAUUGAAUGGGGAUACUUAGGUGGAUUUCUUACCCUAUCCCCGUGCCAGGAAAGUUUUUCUCCUAGCGAGGAGGCAUUGUCGUGAAGGUCCAGGUGGCGGGUGGAGCUAAGCUCGAAGCGGACGCAAGCAUUACCAAACAGAAAGAAGAUUUUUAUAUGAAUACGUCAGAGAAAGAGAGAGAAGGUCUUGCGUUUGAUUGAUUGAAAUUUGAAGCUACCAGAGAAAUGAGACUGUCCAGAAUGUUGCCCUUAAGCUCAUCAGCCAUUAACAACGGCUCUCAUAUUUCCUCAUCAACUUUGCCCCCAUCCUUCUACUCUCUCACUCCUCGCCAACCCAGCAUUAACCCAAAAAAUCCCAUCACCAGGAAUUUCAUCUCCCUCAACAAAUCAUCGUUUUCUCCCCUCAAAUAUUCAAUCUUCACCAACAAGCAAUACAUGUCCACCAUUUGUAGCUCCAAAUCUGACAAUGGAUCCCACGAUUCCCCUUUCCAGGGAGGUGAAUCAUUUUUCAGGGAAGUGUUGGCAAGUAUGGAGGCUGUCUACUUGAGCAGGAACCCAACAGCAAAAGCAGUGUUGGAGCUCGUUGGGUCGGUUGCUGAUGACCAAAUUUGCUAUGAUCAUUUCGCUUUUAGGACAUUUGGGGUGAAUGGUUAUGGGAUUGACUCCAUGGCUAAAUUUUUCCUGGAUUUCGGGUACACGCCUCGGGAGGAGUUAAGAUUCCCUGCUAAAAAAUUGAGAGCAUUGUGGUUUUCUCCUCCCAGUGUUCCAACUUCUCGUGGUGGCAGUGGUGUUAAUGGACCUUUACCAAGAGUGUUUGUAUCUGAGCUUCUUGUGGAUCAGAUGAGUCCACAAACUCAGGAUAUAAUCAAAAAGUACACUGGAAUAUCUGGUUCUGGAAAUAAACAUGCUGCUCUAGCAAGUGCACUGGGAUCGUUAACGUGGGAAAAGCCAUUGCAUUCUGAAUUUCAACAAUUGGCUAGGGAAAGCGAAUAUGCUGCCUGGACCCUUGUCAAUGGGUAUGCACUAAACCAUGCCACUAUCUCAACUCAUCAGCUGAAAUCUCGAUUGAGAGAUAUUAAAAACCUCAAUCAGUUCAUUGAGAAGAAUGGGUUCAAGUUGAAUUCUGAAGGGGGAACUCUGAAAGUGAGCCCCGAUGGCCUUCUUCAGCAAAGUUCAACUGUCGCAGAUUCAAUUCAUUUCCAAUUUUCUGAUGGUCUAACUGAAUCAGUCCCCUGCUCCUAUAUCGAGUUUGCUGAGCGCCUGGUGCUGCCUCAGUACAGUAAUCUACCCCUUGAAGAGGUCAAAGAGCAUCACAGGCGAGAUGGAUUUGAGGUUGGAAAUGCUGACAAGAUCUUCGAGAGUACAUCCAAAGAGCAGCUGACCAGGAAGGCUGCAUGAAAGAUUGAUCCUUUACAAUGAUGAAGUGGAUUUCACAUUUGAAGAUCCUCCAAAAAGAAAGGAACAAAAAAUAAAACCUCUUCAGGGAUUAAGUUUAGUGCAUCUAACGAAGUGGUCUUCAAGGCUGAGAUGGUAAUGUAAAUACAUGUGCCACCAUUGGAGGAGUUGGAGCAUGUAUAUAUCUAAUUGAUAGAAAUAAUAACAGAAGGCAGGUCUUAUGGGUAUUCUUUUUUUGGUGGUAUGGGCUCAAUGCAAAUAAGCCACUUUGGAAAUGUGUCCAGUUGACUCUUAGCUGUAGCUGUUGUGGCACAAUAUGCCCAUAAUGAUUUUAUUUCAAUUUAAAAUUAAAUUUUCUUAUCU